AUGCUGGUGGCUAACUUUACCACCCGAAGGAUCCUCAUCAACAACGGUAGCUCUGCGGACAUUCUGUUCUAUGUGGCUUUCACCAGGAUGGGAAUUAACAUUGCACGACUACAACUGGCCUCGACACCACUGAAGGGAUUCUCUAGGGAUAUGGUGAAUCCCGAGGGAACUAUCACGUUGUUAGUCCUUACAGGCACAGUACCCUACUCCGCUGCCAUCAUGGUUGAUUUCCUUGUAGUGAAGGCCCUAUCAUCCUACAAUGAUGCUAUCACUGGCAGACCCGCCCUCAAUAGUCUACAGGCGGUCACCUUGACCUACCACCUCAAAAUGAAGUUCCCAACCCUGCAAGGUAUAGGAGAGGUUCAAGGGGAGCAGAUUGAAAAUACUCUUGCUUCCGCAACUUCACUUCCUGAUAAGAUUACAAACAUCUUCAUUCCGAAAUCUUUGUAA